AUGGAUUCGAACUCAAAGUCAAUGUGUCCCAAAGCACGCACUGAAGAUAGGAUCAGUGCAUUGCCAGAUGCAAUCAUUUCCCACAUUCUUUCCUUCCUUCCAACAUCAGAUGCUGUAACGACCUGCUUUUUAUCAAAUCGAUGGAAGAAUAUGUGGACUCUUGUUCCCACUGUAGAGCUAAUUGUGUUGUCAACUGCAUGGGAUUCAGGUGGUACUGCAGCGUAUGUGGAUCGAUACCUUCUCUUUCGCGGAUCAUCAAACAUUCACAAAUUUCAUCUUUGCUGUGUCGAUCUCGACGGCAUAGUUGGUCGUAUCAAUGGAUGGAUUUGCACUGCCCUUAGGCGUAAUGUUGUUGAGCUCCACCUUGAGUUUGAUGAGAGGGACGAUUCACACGAAUUUCUUGUGUUGCCUCAAGAUCUUUUCGUGUGCAAGACUUUGGAGACUUUGAAGCUGAGUCUGGGAGAGCAUGUUACUGCCGUUGCUCCUCCCACAUCAAACUGUUUCCCAAGGCUCAAGUCCCUCCACAUUACAUUCGAUUUUCCAAAAUAUGUCGAGCAAAUCGAGAAGCUCUUUUCCUGCUGCCCUGCGCUCGAAGAUUUGGUUGUAGAUGGAGAUCUUGGAUGGCUUGAAGAGAAUCAAGUUUUGAAUGUAACGAUCUCCGCACCGAAACUAAAAAGACUAAAAAUAUAUUUGUUUGCUCAUGCUAUGACACUAGGGGAGAACAAGAUUUUUGUUAACGCGGAUGUUCCAAGUCUUGAAGACUUGGAUCUCACGGAGAACUUCUUGGCGAGCUAUUGUUUGAAGGGUGCAAAAUCCUUGACCAACGCCAAGAUUGAUUUCAGUGUAAUGCGUGAGGAGGAUGAAGGCCACCCUGCCGAUGUCCUUGCUGAUGUUGAUCGUGUGCAGAGGCUUUUUGCAGAAAUCAGCAAUGUUAAACAUCUGUCACUUGUAGUUCCAGUUUUGGGGGAUCCUCACAUCGAAUAUCAAUGUUCUUUGCCAACAUUCAAUCAUUUGAACCAGUUGGAGCUAAAUCACUUAGCAUGCUGCUCAUGGAAAUCACUGACAAACAUGCUCAAGAUAACGCCCAAUUUGGAAAAUCUUCUCUUUGCAGUUAACAUUAAAUGCGAUGCUGCUCAUGACGAAGAUGAGUUGGAACAUAAAUGGUCUCCACCCGAGCUUGUGCCUGUUUGUUUGUCUUCAUGCCUCAAGACGAUUUGCAUAUCGGGAUUCAAGGGAGGGUCAGAUGAGAUGGAGAUGGUAGAGUAUUUGUUGGAGCACGGCCAGCUCCUCAAUGAGUUGAAAAUUUUGACUUUUGAUAUGGAGUUUGAUGACGCGUUAGAGGUAUUGAUGGAAAUUAUAUUGUUCCCAAGGGCUUCAAACACUUGUGAAAUUCAAUGUUUCAAUUGAAAGUUGUGGAAGGAGAUCCUUUUGUUUGCUAUGAACAGCUUUGCUUCUGUAACUCUUUGAAGUCUUUCUUUUGCUAAAGUAUGC